UACCCACACCGCCAUUCGUGGCCGUGGCUGUCAAUCACCGGUUCCUGGCGGGUGAUUACCCGCCGGUGCCCGGUGCUUACCGAGAAUCUCCGACAGGGAGGAGGGCUACUUUGUUUACCAACAGUCCUCCUCCCUGUUGGUGUCAGGAAUCUAGGAGUGACCAGAAAGGUGUGGACUGACACCAACACACCUCCCCCCAGUAAAACACUCCCUGCACACAGUUAACCCUUUGAUUGUCCCUCAUGUUAACCCCUUCCUGCUCAGUGCCAUUAGUACAUUGUCAGUGCUUUUUUUUUAGCACUGAUCACUGUAGUGGUGUCACUGGAGAUGUCAGUGGCACCAAGUCAGUGCCUACCCAGUGUCAGAAUGUCUGCCGCAGUCCUGCAGUCCCGCUAUAAGUCGCU